GCCCGCGGAGGCAAGGCGGGUGCAGGGCGUGUAGAGAGGGAAGGAGGUGCCAGCGCUUGAGCCCUGUGGCCCUGCUGGCCCCCUGGGCUCAGGCCCAGCUCCAGCCUCCAGGGAUGGACUUCGUGGAUCCCGACAUCUUUAAUAGGGACCCCCGGGACCAUUACGACCUGCUGCAGCGGCUGGGGGGCGGCACUUAUGGGGAAGUUUUCAAGGCUCGAGACAAGGUGACUGGGGACCUGAUGGCAUUGAAGAUGGUGAAGAUGGAGCCUGAUGACGAUGUCUCCACUCUUCAGAAGGAAAUCCUCAUCUUGAAAACCUGCCGGCACGCCAACAUCGUGGCCUACCAUGGGACUUACCUCUGGCUGCAGAAGCUCUGGAUCUGCAUGGAAUUCUGUGGGGCUGGCUCUCUCCAGGACAUCUACCAAGUGACGGGCCCGCUGUCCGAGCUCCAGAUCAGCUAUGUCUGCCGGGAAGUCCUGCAGGGACUAGCCUAUCUACACUCACAGAAGAAGAUACACAGGGACAUCAAGGGAGCCAACAUUCUCAUCAAUGAUGCCGGGGAGGUCAGACUUGCUGACUUUGGUAUCUCGGCCCAGAUCGGGGCAACACUGGCUCGACGCCUCUCCUUCAUUGGGACACCCUACUGGAUGGCUCCGGAAGUGGCAGCUGUGGCCCUGAAAGGGGGAUACAAUGAGCUGUGUGACAUCUGGUCCCUGGGCAUCACAGCCAUCGAACUGGCCGAGCUAGAGCCCCCGCUCUUUGACGUGCACCCUCUCCGAGUUCUGUUCCUCAUGACCAAGAGUGGUUACCAGCCCCCACGGCUGAAGGAAAAGGGUAAAUGGUCGGCUGCCUUCCACAACUUUGUCAAAGUUACCCUCACUAAGAACCCCAAGAAACGACCUGGCGCCACCAAGAUGCUCAGUCAUCAACUGGUAUCCCAGCCUGGGCUAAACAGAGGCUUGAUCCUAGACCUUCUUGACAAACUGAAGAAUCCGGUGAAGGGGGCCCCAGUUGGUGAGACUGAGGACGAGGAGCCUGAGCCACCCCCUGCCAUCCCUCGGCGGAUCAGAUCCACCCAUCGGUCCAGCUCUCUGGGGAUCCCAGAUGCAGACUGCAGUCGGCGGCACAUAGAGUUCAGGAGGCUUGGAGGAAUGGAGACCAGACCGCCAGCCCACACUGUGAGACGCCUCCCCCAGCUCUCCCCAGACGCUCCCUUCUUCCCUUCAGCCACUGCUGAGCCUUCCCCUAUCCCGCAGGCACUCUGCCAGCCCCCUGGAGACAGCAGGAGCAGCAGUCCCAGGAGGCACCUCUCAGAGUCGGAUGAUGACUAUGACGACGUGGACAUCCCCACCCCUGCAGAGGACACACCUCCUCCACUGCCCCCCAAGCCCAAAUUCCGUUCUCCAUCAGAUGAGGGUCCUGGGGACGAAGGGCAGUUGAGCCCAGGUGUGCUGGUCCGAUGUGCCAGUGGGCCUCCCCCACGCACUCCCCAUCUUGGGCUUCCCCCAGCCACCCACAGCCCCCACCUCACCGCCCAUUCAGAACCCUCACUCUGGAACCCAGCCCCCCGAGAACCUGACCAGCCCCCACGGCUGCCCCCCAAGAAUGAAAAGAUGAAGAGAAAGGGAUGCGCCCUCCUUGUAAAGGUGUUCAAUGGCUGCCCCCUCCGGAUCCACAGCACAGCUGCCUGGACACACCCCUCCACCAAAGAACAGCACUUGCUCCUGGGGGCAGAGGAAGGCAUUUUCACCUUGAACCGGAGUGAUCAGGAGGCCACGCUGGAGAUGCUCUUCCCUGGCCGGACCACCUGGGUGUACUCCAUCAACAAUGUCCUCAUGUCUCUUUCAGGAAAGACCCCCCACCUGUAUUCUCAUAGCAUCCUGGGACUGCUGGAACGGAAAGAGAGCAGAUCAGGGGGUCCCAUCGCUCACAUUAACCCCCACCGGCUACUGGCAAGAAAGAACAUGGUCUCCACCAAGAUCCAGGACACCAAAGGCUGCCGGGCGUGUUGUGUGGCGGAAGGUGCGAGCUCCGGGGGCCCGUUCCUGUGUGGGGCAUUGGAGACGUCCGUGGUCCUGCUCCAGUGGUACCAGCCCAUGAACAAGUUUCUGCUCGUCCGGCAGGUGCUGUUCCCGCUGCCGUCGCCUCUGCCGGUGUUCACGCUGCUGACCGGGCCAGGCUCCGAGCUGCCCGCCGUGUGCAUCGGCGUCAGCCCCGGGAGGCCGGCGAAGUCGGUGCUCUUCCACACCGUGCGCUUCGGCGCGCUGUCCUGCUGGUUGGGCGAGAUGAGCACCCAGCACAAGGGACCAGUGCAGGUGACCCAGGUGGAGGAAGACAUGGUGAUGGUUUUGAUGGAUGGCUCUUUGAAGCUGGUGACCCCGGAAGGGGCUCCAGUCCGGGGGCUUCGCACCCCGGAAAUUCCCAUGAUUGAAGCGGUGGAGGCCGUGGCUAUGGUUGGGGGUCGACUCCAGGCCUUCUGGAAGCAUGGAGUGCAGGUGUGGGCUCCAGGCUCAGACCAGCUGCUACAGGAGCUGAGAGACCCCACCCUCACCUUCCGUCUUCUUGGCUCCCCCAGCCUCAAGACAAAUACCCAGUCCUGGUCACUGGCCACAGCCCGCAAGGCUGUGACAUCUCCAGCCAAGCCCCGGGCUCCUUCUCACCUCAAAGCCUUUGCACAGGCUGUUCCCUCUGCCCAGAACACUCUUCUCUACCUGUUCCACCAAGUUCCUCCUGAGCCUCCUACAGGUUGCAGCUUCACCAUUCAUUCUUUGGGGGCGCCUUAGCUGACCUCCUGAGUUAGGUUUCCCUGCUUCUUUGUACUCAUGUUAUUCCCUGAUUCACGUUGGUCUCCCACUCUAGCUGUGACCUCCCCAAAGGCAGCGACCACAUCUGCACAUUCGCUGCUACAGCUCUGCAUCGGGGUGGCACAGCCUCUGUAACUACUCUGUGAAGGAAUAAAUGGACAAAUGAAUGAAUGAAUGAAUGAACUGACU